AUUUAAGCAUUAUGACCGAGGCUAACUCUAGGAGUUAUUAUUUCAAGUUUAGAGCACAUACUGCUGACGAUGUUCAAGCCAGACAAAGCCAUAUUAAUAAUGAUGAGACUUCAAAUCAAAAUCCUAGUAAGGGACUUCUUACUCCUGCCUUUAUCCCUGUAAUCGACCCACUCAAAACCCCACCUGACUGACCCAACUUCUCUUCCUUCCAGCCAGAGAGCAAGAUUAAAAUCUCAGAAAUGUACAGAGACGAGGAUAAUUUAGGACUGGGGCGGAAAUAAAGGGAUUUGUGCGAGGCUCGUUGUUCCCAAAUUCAGCCAGAAGAGUCUUCACAGAAUGUACAAUGAAAGUUUUGAGUUGAAUUCUUCAGAGAAUAUGCACAAAGAGUUCAAUCCUCAUAACUACUUCGCUCUCAAGUACCAAGAAAUCAAGAAGAAUUUUAAGAAUUUGGACUUCAAGCUUAAGCGGAGGAACAAUAGACUGGGCUUGGGUAAUAUUAGAGCACCUGAAGAGGGAAUGACAAGAGAUUUUAAUAAAAAAUUAGGGCAUCGGAAACAAUUUUUGGACCAAAAUGGGCACAUGAGUGUCAGGAAUAGCUUGGCGCAGAGGAAGACACAGGGAAGUAAUAUGAGGAGGAUCAUGCACAGAGAUCAGUCAGAUAUGCCCUCUCGAGAUUUUUAUAAGUAUACUGUAUCUAGAUCGAAGAAACAAGGUAGUUUUUGGAACAAAGCUCAAAAACAAAACAUUCUCCCUAAAGUUUCAGUUGAUAAAACUAGUGAAGACCAGAAAGAGCCAAAGGAGGAUUUCAGGAACAUUAAAAAUACUCUUGAUAAACAUCACAGAAAUUAUAAAGGAUCAAAUAAGGCCUCAUAUUUGGGAAGAAAAUUUAAUAACCUGGAAAAACGACUAGGACAUCUCUUAACCAAUCCUGGGCUUAACUCAAGUUUUGAGCCAAAGGACAGUAAAUAGUAUUGUCUCUUUGAAUACAGACAAAAAGAAGGAUAAAGCUAAGGAUGACGGGAUUUAUUCCAGAAAUAAGGCACCGAUUCAGAGGCUUAACACCUUAUCAAAUUCAAAGAAAGGUACAUCAAAGAUCAAGCGUAAAGUGAGGUUCAACAAGAACGAAAAUUAUAAGUUGUUAGAAUCUGAUGAUUUUGAGAAGGUCUCUAAUCAGAAAAUCUCCAUCCUUAAGAACACAAAGUCUGAGGUGUCAACAGGAAAUUUCUUCAAACCUCAUGAAAGUAAAGCUUCCAAGAUUGAGCAAGUUCGUGUACCUUGAAUGAAUACUGACCUC